AUGAAUAGACAAUCGAUUAUGAGUUUAUUUGGUAGAGAUGGUAUGGGAAUGGAGAAGAUUACAGAUGCUACACCAUUACCAGAUACAGCUGAAACCAUACAUAUAUCAUCUUUAGCUUUAUUAAAAAUGUUACAACAUGCAAGAGCAGGUGUACCACUUGAAGUUAUGGGUUUGAUGCUUGGUGAGCUGAUUGAUGAAUAUACUAUUAGAGUGAUCGAUGUGUUUGCCAUGCCACAGAGUGGUACCAGUGUCAGUGUCGAAGCGAUCGAUCCCGUCUUCCAAACCAAGAUGUUGGAUAUGUUGAAACAGACCGGUCGUAAUGAGAUCGUUAUCGGUUGGUAUCACAGUCAUCCGGGAUUCGGAUGUUGGUUGUCGUCGGUCGACGUCAACACUCAGCAGUCAUUCGAGCAGCUACAGGCACGUGCCGUUGCCGUCGUAGUCGAUCCACUGCAAUCCGUAAGAGGUAAAGUCGUAAUCGAUGCCUUCCGUACCAUAAAGACACCGCCCACCUCUGAACCACGUCAGAUCACAUCGAACCUCGGACAUCUCCAGGACGCAUCGAUCCAGGCACUCAUCCACGGACUCAACCGUACCUACUACUCGAUCGCCAUCAACUACAGAAAGAACGAACUCGAGCAAAAGAUGCUCUUGAAUCUUCACAAGAAGAAAUGGACCGAAGCUUUGAAUCUCGAGAAAUUCGAUACUCACUCACAAAACAAUGAAAAGAAAUUAAGUGAUUUGUUAGAGUUGACUAAAUCAUAUCAUAAAUCGAUUCAAGAAGAAGAUAAGAUUACCGACCCAGAGAAGAAAGAGGUAUCUUUGGUUGGUAAAUUGGAUCCAAAGAAGCAUUUGGUUGCCGAUGUACAUUCUUUGAUGGCUUCAAAUGUAGUUAGAGUUUUAACUGUCAUGUUAGAUACAACUGUAUUCUAA